GAAAAAAUAAGAAAUGGAUCCUUUGCCAGGAAGAACAAAUCAAAAAAUACUGGAAGCAACAAUAAGAAAGGUAAACGUAGACCGCCACCGAUGCAACAUCAACCAUGGGCUUCCGGAAAGUCGAUUGAUGAUUUGGAGGCCACGAUGUCCAGUCGUUGGGGAACUUUAGAUGAUUCUUCUACAUCUAUGGCUGGAGGUAUCCCAGAAGGUUUUGAGAUAUUUAGUGGGGACGAGGACGACUUUGAAACAAUGGACGACUACGAUGUUCACUACGACGAUUCAUCACCACCGAAGAAAGGAAACAAGAACAAGAACAAUAUGAGUGGAAGCGACCGAUGGAGAAAACCAGUACUCGAUCCAUGGGAUGAAGAGGAAGCUUCUUCUAAGAAGCAAAGAAAUAAUAAGUUUUUUGGUGAACGGGAAUAUUACGAUCAAGAUGACGAAGGAUACGAAAUUCUKGGCGAAAUGGAGGACGAUGACGGCGACGAGUUUUUGGAAAUCGACGAAUCGAUUUCAUCACCAUACCUUCCCCGGGUCGACCACUUGAUUGCUCCAAAACCUGCUGGAGGGCGAGGCUCUAAUCGAAAUAGCAACAAAAACGAUGGAGGAGGGGGCUACUUUUUCAAUCCAGAUGUUGUCAACAGUAGAAAAAAGGAGGAUGCACCUCUUUUUAGAAAAGAACGUAAAAGAGACGUGUCGGAACCGAAUUCCGUCGCGCCAGAGUCCGAGGAAGAUAUUCGUACCAACAAAGCUCGUAAGCGACGCCAAUCGGCUAAACCACUCUUGAAUAAAAAUGGACAACAACGACUUUUGACGAUCGAAGAGGCAUUUAAUCAGUUUCAGGAGUCCGUCGACGAAGGAAUGAUGGAAAUUAUUGAAACUGCGGAGGUUCCCAUUCUGGCGAAACAUGCAAACGCAAAAUCGUGGGAUGAUGUAGGAAUUACGUCAACCACGAUGCUUGAGAACCUGCGAUACGACAUGAAUUGUCCAAAUCCUCUGGCCGUUCAAGAGAAAACAACACCAGCGAUCUUGACAGGAAGUGACGUCUUGGUCGGAACUUACACGGGAAGUGGUAAGACCUUGUCGUUUUUGGUUCCACUUGUACAACGAUUAUUGUGGAGCAUUGACGAAGACUCUGAUGGGAAUAUUAUAAACGACCCUGGAUUAGCAGUAUUGAUUGUUGUACCUGGUCGCGAAUUAGCCAGUCAAAUUGUUAGCGUCGCGAGAGAUCUUUUGCAAGACACGGGAUUGUCGGUUCAAUUAGCUAUUGGGGGAACAACAUUCAAGAGAAAUUUGGAGCAAAUCCGGAAACGAAAACCAAACAUUAUUGUAGGCACUCCGGGACGCAUUGCGGAACUAGUAGUUGGAAAACCAGGAGAAAAGUAAGAGUGUUCAUUUGCUCCUUGAAUGGCAAUUGAACUUUUUCAUUAGCGAUAUAUUUCGUUUACAAAUUCAGCUGACCUCACAAUUUUGUGCAUGACUGAUUUCAUUUUUUGCGCACAGAAACGGAAAAUUAAAAAUUGGUUCUUUACAAUCUUUGGUGUUGGAUGAGUUCGACGCCCUUUUGGAAUACAAAGCCCACCGGGAUCCAACUCGUGCCAUAAUGCAAACGCUAAAACGCAGGCACCGUAAUUCGCUACAGUCUGUGAUGUGUUCGGCAACAGCUACGGACAUAAUAGAUUCUUCGAAGGUUG